GAUUAUCCACCGUGUAUCAUUGACAAACAGAGCUUAAGGAUAAUCGGUGUUAGUGCUUGGAUUUGAGGUUCGACAUGAAAAUUUUUCCGUUCGUAGCGAUGCUCAUCGGAGUAGCGGCCGGUGACGUCAUCAGCAUAGACCCGAAAUUCCUUUCCCAAUACCCUCAACAGCAAAGUUACACCACAGAACCUAUUCCGAUUGUUCGGCAGGAACAAAUCAUUAAUCCAGAUGGAUCAUACAAAUGGAAUUAUGAAACUGGGAACGGUAUUGCAGCGGAGGAAGAAGGCUUUAUUAAGAACCUUGGUAAUCCAGAGCAAGAGGCUCAAUCUGUCCAGGGACAGUAUCAAUACACAGCUCCAGAUGGACAGGUAAUUCAGUUGCAAUAUAUCGCCGAUGAGAAUGGAUUCCAACCACGAGGUGCUCAUAUACCAACAUCGCCACCAAUUCCAGAAGAUAUCCAGAGAGCUCUGGACUAUCUGGCAACUUUACCCACCCCAGCACCUGAGCUAAAUAGAAUAAGAAUAUAAUUUUUUCGUAAAAUACUAUGUUUUAUGUUCGAUGGAGGCUUUCUUAUAUUAUUGGGGUAUUUUUAUUAUUGUUAAGAUUUUAUUUACAUUAUAUAAAUUAAAAUAUAAUCUUUUAUAA